AUGGGUUGCCAUACAUCACAUGUAAAUUUAUCUCCAAUAGCAACUACAAUGAAUGAUCAAGAAAUAAAAAUUCAGUUCAAAAAUUUGGAAAUGUUUAUACUUCUAUGGGUUGAUGAAAAUCUUCACUAUGAAAGUCAAUUUCGUCAAAUAAUCAAUCAAAUAAAAACGUUUGAAGAUCCAUCAGAAUGUCAAAAAUAUCUUGAAGAUGAAUCAAUGAAAAUGAAUAAAUAUGUUGUGAUCAUAUCUGGAAGUGCAAAAACACGACAAUUGAUAAUGCAUUUCCAUGAUUUACAACAAAUAACAAGUUGUUAUGUUUUUUGCCAAGAAAAUUUAGUUAAAUUAAAUCAACAAUGGGCACAGAAUUUCUCUAAAAUAAAAGGAGUUUUUAAUAACAUUGAUGAUCUUCAUCUUACUCUAUCCAAUGACCAAAAAUGUCGUGAACAAAUCGAUGAAUCUGCCUUACCAGUUCAGAUCUAUAAUCGAAAUUCAUCUCUUCAAUCACGUAAUGCUUUCUUUCUUUAUUUUCAUUUAUUUAUUGAUGUUUUAUUUGAAAUGACUAAUACUGAAAAUGAUCACAUCAGAUUAAAACAAGAUUUUAUUAAAAUAUGUCGAGAAAAUUAUCAAAACAAUGCACAAGAAUUAGCAAUUCUCAAUGAAUUUAAUGAAACAUAUAUAAAAGAGAAAGCUAUUUGGUGGUAUACGAGAGAAUCGUGUAUUUAUCGUUUAUUAAACAAAGCACUUCGAUUACAAGAUAUUUCUACAUUGUUUUUGAUGAGAUUUUUUAUUAAAGAUUUAUAUUCGGAAUUAUUACAUGAAUAUAAUCACAAUUUAGAAGUUGCUUUGCAAUAUGUUUAUCGUGGUCAAGCAAUUGAUGUUCAGGAAGUGAAGUUGAUCCGUGAAAAUCUGGGUGAAUUUCUUAGUUUUAAUAGUUUUUUAUCAGCAAGUGAAGAUCGUCAAAUCUCAAUGAAUUUUGCUAAACGAAUUCCAAUUACAUCGGACUUAACAGCGAUUCUCUUCGAAUUUGAAUUGAAUAAACAAAUAAAAAAUACUCGUCCAUAUGCAAAAAUCCAACAUCUUAGUUAUUUUAGUGAAGAAAAUGAAAUUCUAAUUGGAUUAGGAUCGAUAUUUGAAAUCAAAGAAAUCUUCUAUGAUGAAAAUGAACACAUUUGGAUAUGUCAAAUGUCUUUAUCAUCUGAAGAUAAUUAUCAAUUGAAAGAUAUAUUACAACGAGAUAAACUGAAUAUUGGUAAUGAUUGUACAUCACUUGGAUAUUUAUUAUAUCAAAUGGGUGAUACAAAUAAAGCAAAAGAAUAUUUUAAUCAAUUAUUAUUGAAUUCUCAAACAUUAACAUUCGAAGAAAUUGCAAGUUGUUAUCGUGGUCUUGCAGGAGUUGGUAGAGCUGAAAAUGAUUAUAAGAUUUCUUUAGAAUAUCAUUUGAAAGAAUUGGACAUUUAUCAAAAAAUAAUUCCACCAGUUCCUUUGUUUUACAUUGGUGAUUGUUAUCGUUGUAUUGGAAAUAUCUAUCGAAAUCUGAAUGAUCUUGAUCAGGCACUUUCUUAUCAAGAAAAAGCAUUAGAAUUAUUACCGGAAGAUCAUCCAUCUUAUCCGGAUAUUUAUUCAAAUAUAGCGCAAAUUUAUCAAGAUCAAGAUAAAACUGAUCUUGCACUCGAAUAUUUUCAAAAAUGUAUAUCGAAACAAGAAAUUCUUUUACCUAAAGAUCAUCCACAUAUUGGAUCAACAUAUGCAAAUAUUGGUAUUAUGUAUAUGAAUCUGUUUGAUUCUCGACAAGCAAUUUUUUAUUAUGAAAAAGCGAGAAAUAUUUUAGUAAAAUCACGUCCAUUAAAUCAUUCAGAUAUUUUACAAUUAGAAGGUUUUAUUCAAUUAUGUCAAGAAAGAUUAGCAUGGGAAGAACAACAAAUACAUCAAUAA